UGGUGCUACAUUCCUUCGCAAACACGACAGAAAUCGUCAUGACAAUGGCGCAGAUAUUCUCACUUGCGAUGAGUGUGGCGCAUCCAUACAAGGAAAAGGUCGAGAGUAUAAUCUUCAACGACACAAGACCAAUUAUUGCCCCGCACGAAAGCAAGCUACGCAAAACGGAAUUGCCAACCGAAACAAGGAUACCGGGCACAUCUUGAGUCAAGUGUCGAACCAGCUUAUAGACAUUUCACAAGUCCAUGGCCCAGUUACUCAAACAUCGGUCCUAUCAAUGGGGCCUACAGAGGAUCACUAG